CUAAUUGCGGGUGCGGGGACUUUCCUAGUUGCUACAGGUAGUCGUGAAGCGAAGGACGCUGCAUCGCCCGCUCUGCUACAAGGGGCUGCGCGUUGCAUGGCUUCUCUCGAGCGCAGGGGAGUUUCUGGGCCGUGCUCUUUUAUUAUUAUUAAUAUACCCAAGUUCCCCGCACGUCCCUUCCUCGCGCUGACAGUGCUGCCGCGAGGCGCGUGAGUUUCCUUUGGUUCCCCCGAGCGCACGCUUAAGAACCCGCUUCUGCCGCGCGGAGUAACCUACCGCCGCGGAGUUUGUGCGGAGUGGAAGCAUCUCUUCGGGACGCCGCAGCCUGCUGGGGGAGUGACUAGCGAGCCCUUGCCGGGAGCGGGGGCGGACGGACCGGCCUGCAGCCGGGAGGCUCCGAUCCCUGGCGGGGCAGCCUGGAGAGCGGACUCGCAGCCAGAGGAAGCGGCCCUGCGCACCGUGUGCCCUCAGGGGAAGGGGGGAUGGACCUCGCAUUGUUUCUCUGCUAAGCAACUCCUGCCGGGCGCUGGCGCCGCGGAACAUGGGCUCUUCGCCUUUGUCUCCCGAGUGAGCGAGCCCUUCGCACGCUGCCUUUGUGAGCCGAGCCCCGCGAACAUGGAUGUGACCAUUUCCGAGCUCAUGGAGCUCUUCCUGCAGAGCCCUUUGGUGACCUGGGUGAAGACAUUUGGACCGCUAGGGAAUGAAAAUGAAGACAAAUUGACUAUGUAUAUGGAUCUGGUAGAUGGUGUCUUUCUGAACAAAAUCAUGUUGCAAAUAGAUCCACGGCCGACGAACCAACGUGUCAACAAGCACGUCGAUAAUGAUGUCAACCUCCGAAUCCAAAACCUGACCAUCUUAGUCAGAAACAUCAAGAUUUAUUAUCAGGAGGUCCUCCAGCAGCUGAUCGUUAUGCAUUUACCAAACGUUUUAACGAUUGGCAAAGAUCCUCUUUCCGGUAAAAGUAUGGAUGAAAUUAAGAAGAUGCUGUUGUUGGUAUUGGGCUGUGCUGUACAGUGUGAAAGAAAGGAAGAGUUUAUCGAAAGAAUAAAACAACUGGAUAUUGAGACCCAGGCUGCAAUUGUUUCACACAUUCAGGAGGUGACUCAUAAUCAGGAGAAUGUGUUUGACUUGCAGUGGCUAGAGCUGCCAGAUAUGGCCCCAGAAGAACUGGAGUCUCUCUCAAGGAAUAUGGUUUUCCAUCUCAAGAGGCUUAUUGAUGAGAGAGACGAGUGCACAGAACUGAUUGUGGAUCUCACUCAAGAGAGAGAUUAUCUGCAGUCUCAGCAACCACCAAGUCCUCUGAAAACAUCUAGUCCAGAUUCUUCACCAAACCUAGCCAAUCGUCUCUCCAAUGAGGACAAGCAGCACCUGGCUGUUGAGCUGGCAGACACAAGAGCAAAGCUGAGAAGGGUCCGACAGGAAUUGGAAGAAAAAUCUGAGCAACUCGUGGACACUAAACAUGAAGCAGAACAGCUCGUACUAGAGGUGCAGAAAAUAAAACAGGAGAACAUCCACCUGGCAGCUGAUGCACGCUCUGCCCGAGCAUACAGAGAUGAACUGGAUUCACUGAGAGAGAGAGCAAACCGAGUCGAGAGACUCGAGAUGGAACUGGUCCGGUGUAAAGAGAAACUGCAUGAUGUGGAUUUCUACAAGGCUCGUAUGGAGGAAUUGAGAGAAGACAACAUCAUAUUAAUUGAAACAAAGGCUAUGCUAGAAGAACAGUUAACAAUAGCAAGAGCUCGUGGUGAUAAAUUGCAUGAACUAGAGAAGGAAAACUUGCAAUUGAAAUCCAAACUUCAUGAUGUAGAGCUGGACCGGGACACAGACAAGAAGCGAAUUGAAGAGCUGCUGGAAGAGAAUAUGGUACUGGAGAUCGCGCAAAAACAGAGCAUGAAUGAGUCUGCACACCUGGGCUGGGAACUAGAACAGCUGUCAAAGAGCACAGACCUCGCAGAUACUAGAAAGUCCUUUGUGUUUGAGCUAAACGAGUGUGCAUCGAGUCGCAUUCUGAAGCUAGAAAAGGACAAUCAGAGCCUGCAAACCACCAUCCAAGAGCUCAGAGAUCUCUCUUUGACCACGGAAGAGAGCAGCCUAAAGUUUGUAGAGCUGGAAAAGGAGAAUCAACAACUUAGCAAGAAGAUUGAGAAGUUGCAAAAUCAGAUUGAAAAAGAGAAACAAAGCAACCAAGACUUGGAGACCUUAAGCGAGGAGCUGAUAAAAGAGAAAGAACAGCUACAGGGAGUCAUGGAGACUGUAAAAGCCGACAAAGACAGACAGAUAGAGGACCUCAAACAAGAGAAUGACCACCUCAACCAAGUGGUUUUGUCCCUGAGACAGAGGGCUCAGGUUAGUAGCGAGGCCAGAAUAAAAGACAUUGAAAAAGAGAACAAGAUGCUCCAUGAAACAGUUACAGAGACUAGCAGCAAACUCAGCAAGCUGGAGUUUGAGAAGAAACAAUUGCAUAAAGAUUUUGAACAGGUUAAAGAAAAGGUAGAACGUGUGGAGGAAAUGGAGAAAGAGCUCCAUCAGCUAGAGAGAGAGAAUGAACAGCUCACAAAGAAGGCAGCAGCCAUGAAAAUUGUAACAGAAAAAGUUGAGGUUCUAGAGCAGGAAAAUGGGGAUCUGGAAGUGGAGAACAGGAAGUUGAGAAAGUCCCUGGAUACCUUACAGAAUGUUUCCAUCCGGCUAGAGGACCUGCAGAGGGACAACAAGCAGCUGGAUGAAGAGAACCUGGAGCUCAGGAGGAUGGUAGAGACCAUGAGAUUCACCAGCACAAAAAUGGCACAGAUAGAGGCAGAAAAUAAGGAGCUGGAGAGGGAGAAAGAGGAGCUAAGAAAAAAUGUGGAGAUGUUAAAAACAUUGGGAAAGAAGUCGGAAAGGCUGGAGCUGAGCUAUCAGAGUGUGAACUCUGAGAAUCAGAGGCUUCAGCAGAUCCUGGAGAACAGCAGCAAAAAAACCCAAGAGCUAGAGAAAGAGCUACAGGGAAUGGAAAGUGAAAAUCAGGUCCUCCAGAGAAAACUUGAAGAGCUGAAGAUUUCCAGCAAAUGGCAGGAGAGGUUAGAAAAGGAGAACAAAGUGCUGGAGCAAGAAGUGUCCCAACUGGAGAAAGACAAAAAGAUGCUAGAGAAGGAAACAAAAAGGCUUUGGCAGCAGGUAGAGUUGAAAGAUGCGAUUUUGGAUGAUAACACAGUAAAGCUGGCAGCUGUGGAGAAGGAAAACAGAACACUUGAAAAAGAAAUGGCUCGAUUCAGAGACUCGUCUAAUAAGAUGAAAGAAUUUGAAAAAGACAAUAAAGACCUUAUAAAGCAAGUUACCAUUGAUAAAAGAACACUAGCUACAUUGAGAGAGGAUUUGGUUCUUGAAAAGUUAAAGAGCCAACAGUUGUCUAGUGAAAUGGACAAACUGAGCCAAGAGCUCGUGAAGAUUGGAUUGAACAAAGAGCUGCUGCUACAGGAUGUUAAUGGCAAUGACAACAAAUAUAAGAUUCUGGAAAGCAAAACUGACUCUGCAUUAAAGACAACACUAGCCAUUAAAGAAGAAAAGAUUGUAUUGUUAGAGGCUCAAGUGGAAGAGUCUCUUAACUUGAAUCAGCAGUUGCAGAAUGAGCUUAAUACGAUAAAGAAGGACUUUGAAGUUCUUAAGCAAAGUCAAGAAGAUGGGCAAUGUGUGCAGAACUCAUUAAAAUCUCCUGCAGAAAAACUCAUUUCCAACCACCAGAUGAAAGAGAAAUGGGAAACGGGACACCGAGAAACAACAAUGGAGCUGUUGAAAGUGAAAGACAGGGCUAUAGAGCUGGAAAGGAAUAAUGCAGCCCUCCAUGCUGAGAAGCAGCUGCUUAAAGAACAGCUGAAGCAUUUGGAAAUGCAGAAUGUCUCUUUCAACAAUCAGAUCCUGACACUACAAAAGCAAAAUGUCUUCCUUCAAGAGCACAACACUGCUCUGCAGACCCAAACAGCCAAGCUCCAGGUAGAAAAUUCAACCCUGAGCUCCCAGAGCACUUCACUGAUGGCCCAGAAUGCUUUACUCCAAAACCAGCAGACAGCUAAGGAAAAUGAGAAUGAAAAUCUACUGAAACAGAAAGAUCAGCUAAAAGCUGAAUUCGAGUCACUGCUGCAGGAUCACGAACACUUUGCCUCACUGCAUGAGCGACAGUCCACAGAAUAUGAAAUACUAAUAAAGCAGCACAGCUGCCUGAAAACAUUGCACAAAAAUCUGGAACUGGAGCACAGAGCUCUUGGGGAAAGGUACAACAGUUUAGUAAAACACAAGGCAGAAUUGGAAGAAUUGGAAAUUGUUCUAAAAACCGAGAGAGAGGUUCUGCAGCAAGAAAGGAGAACAAAUGCAAUAGCCACUGGAGAAAAUCAAAAGAUGAGAGAAGAACUGGACAGGGUAAAUUUCUUGCAUAGCCAGCUAAAGGCAGAGUAUGAGGGGCUGCAUGCACACACUAAGGAGCUGAAAACCUCAUUGAAUAAUUCUCAGCUGGAGCUGAACCGCUGGCAGGCUCGCUAUGAUGAACUGAAGGAGCAGCACCAGUCCAUGGAUAUCUCCCUGACCAAGCUUGAUAACCACUGUGAGCUGCUUACCCGUCUAAAGGGAAAUCUGGAAGAAGAGAACCAUCAUCUCCUGAGCCAGAUCCAGAUGCUGAGUCAGCAGAACCAAAUGCUACUGGAGCAAAACAUGGAGAACAAGGAACAGUAUCAUGAAGAGCAGAAGCAAUACAUUGAUAAAUUAAAUACAUUAAGGAGACACAAAGAAAAACUGGAAGAGAAGAUAAUGGAUCAGUACAAGUUUUAUGAUCCUGCUCCAAAAAAGAAAAACCACUGGAUUGGAGCCAGAGCUUUAGUCAAAUUGAUCAAGCCAAAGAAAGAGGCUACAAAGGAGCGACUGAUAUCAUCCGUGGAGAGUCCUCCAUGGCACUCUGAAUCCACAGAGACAGCAUCCUCUCCAUCUGCUUCUCAGAUACUCAAGCAUCAGCAGGAGAGUCUGGAUAACACCUCUCUGGGGUCAAACUCUAUGGAAGAGAAAGUGAGCCACAAUGGAGCUUCAAACAAAGCAUUAAUGGAUCUAAAACAAAACCGAAUUUCCCAACGUGGAGGCAGCAAUGAUAAUGUUGAAAAUUCAGCAGACUCUGCUACUAAGCACUGCGUGGAGCUGGGUUCCAGAACUUACUCUACCUCAGCCAUCCAUUUGACCACUUCAAGUUCUACUCCCACUUCCAGGCACCAAAGCAAACCCAAAGGAUAUAAUUCAGAGGAGAAUCUGUGUGACCAGUCCUCUGAGGUAGAGUUUUCAAGAAACAGACAACAUGAAGAAGAAGAAAUUCCUAAUCAAGACAAACUGACCUGCCUCAGCAGCAGCAUGUUCAGUGCAUGCAAUACAGUUUCCAAGCCAAAUAGUUUAGAGAGCAGUCGAAAUGCAUCCAGCAGUAGUUCACCUCUUAACUUGAAAGGUUCUUCAGAUCGUAUCUACGGCAGAGCUGAGAGCCUCAGCAGUGAAGAUAUGGUGCCAAGUAGAGACACACCUGCCUUGCCCAGAGACAGCUACAGCUGUCAUUCCACUUCUGCCAUCUUAAGCUCUAACAACAGACAAGACCCCUCCCUUCACAGGAAUGGCUCGAUUUCUUAUGACAUACCUCAGAGGAGUAACCCAAGCCAAUCCUAUGCUGGCAGGCAGCGAUCUGCUUCUCCUGGCAGUGACAUGGUGACUUUGGAAGAGUUUCUGGAAGAGACCAACAAGUUAUCCCCACCGAGUCGGCGACACAGCUUAAAUGAGACCGAAAUUAUCUCAUUGCACCAAUUUCUGUUAGAGGCUGAUGCACUGUAUCCCUCUUGCCAUUUCCCAUCUCAUUCCCUCCAUCAGGAACCUUCGUGUUCAGUCGAACCAGUCCUCAGUCGUUCGUGUCGUGACAGUCUGAGGCACAGAACUGGCAGGGGGAAUAGGAGAGCAACUUCGCUGUAUAUCCCCAGGGACACUUCCAGUAGCAGAGAUGACUUGCUGAGUGAUUAUUUUAGAAAAGCAAAUGAACCCCCUCCUACUGGGAACCAGCUGGGUCAGCCAGGUAGAAAGGAGACAGCUAAGACGCCUACCAGCUAUGUGUCACCAACUAUAAAAAUGACCAUCGCCAGUGAAGAGGGGAGAGUGGCUAAACCUGGACACUAUGUCAAACCCAACCUUAGACCAGCUGAAUCUGAGGCGCUGGCAAACGCCACAGGAUCUCUUAAACUUCCUCCCACACCACCACAUCAGCCGCUCAGUGCACUGAGGCCGAUGGCACAACCGCAGCAGACCAGUACGAUGAGCCAGAGGAAUGCCUCCCUGAGCAGAGCCUUUAGUCUGGCCUCUGCAGACCUCCUGAGAGCCACAGGCCCAGAGACAUACAGACAGGAGAGCCCUCAGAAGCUGGGUGCAGAUGUUCGUGCAGGCAAAGACUCUGGCAGUCAGACCUUGCGGCUGUCUGUGCCCUCAGGCUCUCACGCUACCGUACGAGACAGACCACAGUCUGCAAAGGCAGCGUGCACCUUGCAAGCUGUCGAUUCCCGUUGUCGGCAGCUUGACGUGAGACGUCUUUCUCUGGCACCUCCAAAGGAUGAGAGGCCUCUUUCGUUUCAUCAGUCUUCUGCCUCUGCCGGUGCCAACAGUGUGCAGCAGCAGGAACGAGUGAGUGCAGUGCCUGGGCAACACUAUUCACCCACACAAUAUACACCGGCUAAAGUCAAAUCCAAGCCAGCCGCACACUCCGGGGAAGUGGCCACCGUGACUCCUGUCAGAGCUGCCUCUAGUAACAGUGAGGGCGAUGUUACCCAAGGGCAAAGUCGGAGUGAUGCCCUCAUUAACAAAUGCCAGAGUAGGUCACCAGAAGGCCACACUGGUGCAGGGGGAAUAGAGGAAUCCAACAGAGGGGGCAGCUCCAGGAGCACUCCUGGAUCUCCAGAUCCCCAUGGGGACCAGCAGACUGUCUGGUAUGAAUAUGGAUGUGUGUAAUCCGUUGAUUCUCUUGGUAAUGUGUUUUAAGCUGGUGACAUUUGGGUGGAAUUUGCUAGUGGCAUUUGUCUAAACACUGUGGCAGGUCUUAAAAGGCAUUACCUGCACCUCAUUUUCUAGUUUGUCUAAAUGCCUUUCAGGCAUUGGUUUUUAAUGGAACAAAGGACAUUUUCACGGUUAAAACAAAGAACUGAACAGCCGAACCAGGGCCUUUCCUUUCACACUAUAGUGCCUAAAACAAAGUGGACCCCUUACAGACUCCCACAAAAGACUUUAGGCCUAAUUUUCAGAAGUGCUGAGCACCCACAAAUCCAGUUGAAGACAAGGGGAGCUGUGAGGGCUCACCACACUCUGACAAUUGGUCACCGCCUCUCCCUAUCUUUGUACUGCCCUCUCCCAUGCUCCCCCAGAUUCUGCAUUAAAGAAACAUUCAUGGGUCAAAUUUAACUGUGUUGAAUUCAGCCCUCAGUUUGAAAAAUGGCUUAAGUUGCAUAAAAGAUCAUGUAAAAGCCAAACUCCUCUCUGGGGAAAAGAACCAGACGCUUGCAGCAGCUUAAAGAAAAGCUGAAGGGCAAAAGUGUAUGGCUUUGCAGUGGAUCUAAGGAAAGCAAUUAUGUUUGUAACAGCUGCAUUUUAUAAAUAGGAGGAGUUGAAUUAAAGGGUCCCAUAUUAACCUUUCACAUUGGGAACUGUUUGAACCCAAAGAGGUCAGUGUACUUGCCUCGCUGCCUCCACUACAUGCACAGUUCAGCGGAUCCUUGAUUCUGAAAGCCAAGUGGUGCUGCUUUUUGACACUUGCUUUAUCUUUUAUACAAACACUGGAACUGAUACAGCCUGUUCAGGGAGAUGCCUGCUUUCAAUGGCAUUGCAAAGAUGGCAUCCCAUGUACAAAGGUGACUUGUACACAUGUAAAUGAAAAGUUAAAUCAUUGUAUAGGAUUGCUGUGUAAACUGUAUUAAUAAAUGUGCUAUCACUUCUUCUUGCAUCCCCAUGUGCGUGAUUGCCCAUGUCCGAAGUAAUAUACAGGAAUCUCUCUCAUAGGAUGAAGUCUUUGUUUCUGUCUUAAAGAACUUGUUCAGUGUAGAAACCAAAAUAAUGUUAUAUACAUGAGAAAGAAAUCUACUUUUAAAAAUCUAUUUAUGUUCAAAUAAAAUUUCUCUCAUGUGUCUGUCAAGUUUCAUCAGCUGCUUAUGUAUAUAUGAUGAAACAUGUAUCUUUAAUUCUAUUUCAUGUUUGUAAAGGUGUUUUCCUUGUAUUAGACUAAAUCCCUAAAAAAUUUAAAGAUUUUCCUUACACUGGUUCCGAUUUAAUAUAGCAAAAGACCUAUGUAAGUAAUUUUUAACUGAUAUCAGAUCAGCUAGGAAUGUUUUUGUUAUAUAGUAUGUAGCAAUCACAUUCUGAAAACUACAGGAUUGUUUAUAAUAAAAGAUUAAAAAAA